AUGGAAAUGGAAUAUGAUUUCGCGGAGACGGAAAGGGUGCGGGAAGGAAAGCAGACGAUUCUGGACGAGCGAAUCGCUGAAAUGCGAUAUCUCUGUCGCAGAUGGGAGGCGGUAAUGCGUGGAUUUUUACAAACAUGUACCACCAAGGGAAAGCGUGGGACUUCAGGCCGGGAGGUUGGAGCUGGGCGAACCAUGUCGACAAGACUCUGUGACCGGAGAGAGAUUGAGGGGAAGCAUGCGGCGCGUGAAGCAGAAGUCUCCGCCUCCGAGUCCGAACCGUCACGGGGAUCGAUGGCGCGGCAUGUCCUAGAUGAAAUGCGGGCCGCUGCGAAGUGCUGCGAGUGCGGUUUUAUGGGACAAGACGACCACUCAGCCUCCGAAGCCAAGCAUCUACAUCAGACGAUGAAGGAACAGAUGGGGCGUCGAUAGAUCCUGGCGCUGCGACGAAUCCAAUAACCACUGACUUCAGCAUCUAGACGCGCGACCUGCUUAACUUCGCCACAGAUAUAGUCAAGAAGCAAAUGAACGACGUGAAGUUGAAGAUCAGUGUGGCAAUUACGGAGGGACAGAGACCGGGUAGGUGUGUGCAUCGAAGAAAUACGAAGUAAUAGCUUCCAAUGCCAAGUCUGUAUGAGCAGUUCCACCGAGGAAUCUUUUCCUGUCCUUGUUAUGUUCGGCUGCUGUCACGCGUUCUGUUUUGAGUGCGCGGAUAAAGUCAUCAACGGCUUUGGGCGCGGUGAAGAUGCAGACAAUGCCCAGCGCCUCUGCAAGUGUCCAACUUGUCGCGAAGCGAUCGACGAGGAUUCUACUGCUCGCAUUGUGCCUCGACUUUUUGGGAAGCGACGAAGAAUCAUGGGUGCAGAAGAAGGGGAAGGCCAGGAUAGAAGUUCAAGUUAGAUUUUGCAGAGCCUGCUUCAUAGCCAUUUUUCAAUGAUGCAGAAGAGAAAGACAACCUGAACAAUGAUAGAAGAAGUGCUUGCACAUUCACUGUGCUUCUGCUAGAACAGCACUUCCCCAUUUUCGGUAGUGCGUCGGGGCGUUCCCACGAAAAUUUUGCACAUGUGUGAGCCUGUACAA